UGCAUAAACUGCACGUCAGUGCUUAUGCUUCUCACUUUAUCUUCUCACCUUUUACGUUGCUCUUAUCCAUGCUUUCUUCCUUUAUUUAAUAUCCUCUUUACUGCCUCUCACUGUAAUAACAAUUUUCUCAUUUCUCCAACUUCUUUGCAAGGCGUCUCAGGCUGCAGUUUUUUAAAGUUUUGUGACAUGGCGAGUGUGAGUUUCGUACUGGGUGUCAUUGGAAAUGUGACCUCCAUCCUAGCUUUUAUUUCACCAGUGAAGACCUUCUGGCGAAUAAUCAAGAAUAAAUCCACAGAGGACUUCAAAUCACUACCAUAUGUGUGCACAUUACUCAGUACAUCUCUGUGGACUUACUAUGGCCUAAUGAAGCCCAAUGGACUCCUCAUCUGGACUGUUAAUGGGGCAGGCGUUUUAUUAGAAGCCAUCUAUGUCUCUCUCUUUAUACUCUACGCUCCCAAACAUACAAGAAGAAGAACUAUUGUAUUGGUACUUCUUGUGGACAUAGCCUUCUUCACUGCUAUAUUUUUGGUCACUUUUCUGGCACUCAAUAAAAAGGCGAGGAUAGAUGUUAUUGGAGUCCUAUGCAUAUGUUUAACCUUAAGCAUGUAUGGUUCUCCCUUAAGUAUAAUGAGAACUGUUAUCAUCCACAAAAGUGUGGAAUUCAUGCCCUUUUUCCUCACAUUCUUUCUUUUUCUUAAUGGAGGAGUUUGGGGAGUGUGGGCAUUUUUUGAGAAAGAUGUGUUCGUUGGGAUUCCAAAUGGAAUUGGCUUCGGUUUAGGAGCUGCACAGUUGGUUUUGUACAUGAUUUACAGGAAUGGAAAGCCUUACAGCCAAGAGAAUGCAAAUAUGAAUGGUGUAAAACAUGUGGAGGAUAUUGAGAUGGGAAGUACAGAUAGACGUAAUGCUGUCGAAAAUGGUUUUUGAUCUUAAUUAACAUGUAAUAUUAUAUAAACUCUAGUUGACAGACAAAUAAAAA